GGGAAGGGGCAGGGUAGGAGAUUUGAGGAGAGGAGAGGGGAUUUAAGGGAGGUGCAGGAUGCGGUUAUAUUACUUACUCUGUGUUUUCAGCAUCUAAACGUAUUUGUUAUUUGUGAUUUCAUCGAUUUCAUAUUUUUUUAUUGUUUCCUAUUUCAUUUUAUGUUUAUGUGAUUUCAUAUUUUUUUCAGCAAAUUGUUGUCCAUCACGGUGUAUCCGAAUUGGAGGCUGUAAUGAACCGUCGUAAGAACAUCAGCGAGUCAGCUCCGGAAGAGAACAGUUCACAGGGGAUAAAAAGUGCCGUGCGGGCAGCUCAAACCGAUCGUCAUGACACGUGGAUUGAGAAGAAAAUAACUCGGAGAACUUCAUUGGAUAAAUUUCAAGACGCGAACAAUGCUCGCAUUAAAACGCACGAGAAAUUAAGUAAGCAGAAUUCAAAUGAGACGAGAAACCCAACGACUACAGUUCCCAUUACAUCAAGUAAAAUUAACCCACCUCCUACAGCCACUAAACCUCCUGCAUUAAAACCACGACGUUCCAGUUUAUCUACUUUUCAACCUGUACCCCCACCACCUCCUGACUACAAAGAGGAAUCCCAAACGGCAGUUGUGAAUGAAAAUCAGUCAAAUGAUCAACAAGUGAACGACUUGCUACGUGAGCACGAAAAACAACAACAGUUGCUUAGGGAGCAACAGCAAGAGCUCAUUGAACUUCGAACGCAGCAGCAGCAAAAAGAGCAAAUUCAAUCCUACGAGCAAGACAGGAUAAGACUUGAACAACAAGUCAAGGAUCAAGAAGCUUACUUGGCACUUUUAAAACAGCAACAGCAACAAUUGCAGUUGCAACAACAAGGUUUGCAACCAAACCAGUUACAACAAUCAUCACCAAUAUCUUUUCAGACGGCCACAGGAUUACCACCACAAGGUGCCUACAUCUCUUACAUACCGUACCAUAUGUCCCCAAAUAUCCAAAGUGUGCAAGGUAUACCCCAACCCAUUUAUACCUUACCAUAUGGUGCAAUACCCCCGUCCAUGACGUAUCCACCUAAGUAGAAUUACGCAGAAUGGUAUGUUUGAUUGUCGUGAAUAUGUAAUUUACAUAUUCCCCUGAAAAUACUACGUUAAUAUAAUAUAGAAAUAAAUAUAAUAUUAUAAAUACCUACAGAUGACUAACGCUUCAUUCUAGUCAUCGUCAUAUGUGUUGCGUAACUAUAAUCCACGUUUUCUUAUUUAACAUUAAAUGCGUAUUCAAUAUUAGUUUCAAUAACAUUUUCUCUGAUCUCCUCGCGAUAUAUUUAAAAAAAAAUUUAAACAUAAGAAAGGACGAACAGUUAAUGACUUGGCUCUUCAUCCUCCGCUCGUUAUAAGGCAAUAUUCCAAGUAUAGAUUAGUAUUAACAAUUAUUUAGUAUUCUCAACAUUCAACAACUGACUGUAAAGGUUAUAUAAAAGAAUGUAAGCGUGUAUAGUCAAUAGAACUCUUUAACUUUUGCACAAUCUUUUCUAAAUUAUUUUCAUAGUCUAUGUGCGUAAUAGUAUAACUUUAAUAGAUCAUUGUGGUUAGUA